AUGGAGGACGACCUCGUGCCUCUGCCCUCCUUCCCAUCACUAGUCGAUCACGCGUGCGGCCUCUACGCCAACGCGUCGCGGCGGCUCAACGGCAGCGGCGUCGAGCUGCUGCAGCUGUCCCCAUUCACGGAGCUCCGUCUCACCUCACUCGAGGGGGCAAAAGCGCUCCUGCGUCGGCUGCAGCGCGUGGGCCUCGUGAAGAACGCCGACCAGCAGUUUAACACGCCGGCCAUCAUGGGCGUGCGGCUGCUCAGGCACACGGGCCGCAAGGUCCGGCGUGAGGCGGAAAUGGCGUGGACCCUCGCGCGAAAGACCAACCGCGGCGACAUCGCUCGCACGGAGCAAAUCACGUGGGCUGAGAUGGCGAUGCUCCGCCUGCUCACGAACUGGGACCGGGCCAGACGCAUGCCCUCGUACGGGAACCCGCGUGGCGGCGAGGAGGACACGGACCUGUGCGCAAAGGUGAAGUGCCGGCGCCGCGCGCCCCAGCGCUUCAUGCGAGGUUGA